CCUGGGCCUAACCCCACACCUAGCUCCUUCCCCCGAACUCCCCAUCGGACCUGGCCCUGACUCCCCCAACCUCUUCCCCUGCCUGCGAGCAUCCUAGAACCAAGUCAGCCUUCAGAGUUCCGUAGCGAGCAAACACCUGUGCGGGAUCCAGGGGUGGGGGUGCCCCAGGCAAAAGAGGGCUUGUGGCGGGCAGAUGGACCCAGUGAGCCCCCCAUGAACACACCAGUUUGCUACCAGUUGGUAUCCCUAAUUCCUCUUAUGCCGUCCCAGUCCCUGCCAGGCUUCAGAGCGAGGCGCUACCAGGCCUCUGCGUUCGACCUCAUGUCUCUGGCUUCGGUUUCCUUCCUGUUUCCAUCCCCCCCCCCCAACUCCUCCCCACCCAUAUGCCCCUUUCAACAGACAUCCUCUCCUCCUUCCUUCCUCCUUUCCUCCCCUUUGCCUGGGAGAAGGGGUCCUCUUCCCCUCCACCACGGAUCUCCUAGCCUUUUACCUCUUCUAAAAAGGAGAUUUCUGGCCAGAUCCCCAGCUCUGCCCUCCUCACCUGGUCAGCAAGGCUCUGGGGAGGAGAAUGCAGAACUUCUCUUCGGAACUACAACUCCCAAGGUACAUGCAGAGUAACUGUGGUGCAUCCUGGGAGUUGUAGUCCUCAUGCUCUCAAUUUGGUGCAUUCUGGAAGGGUUGCUAGAUGGGAGUAAAAGCCAGGACUGGGGUGAAUUGGGACAUGGGUGCUCUCUGCAUCCCACCCACCCCGCUUCACCCUGUUCUCGCCGUCCUGUGCCCAUGUAACACCACGUACCCACAACUAACCUCCCUCCUCUGCUGGGACAUGCUGCCACUCUUACCUUAGCACCCCACCCAAGAGAUGCCCCACCCUGGCUGCUGCCCCUGGCAGGGAUAACACUGAGGGGCCCCAUGAACCCCUUCCCUGCCCCCUGCCCUCCAGGCUGGUUCCCUGCCUUUAUGGGGAUCAAAGGGCAGAGAGCAGCCCCACCCCACUCCCUUGCCGGCUGGGGGCACCAGGGCUUUCAGGAGUUGCGGGGACUUUGGUGCCCAAGCAGAUGCUUAGGCAGAGGGAACACUGGGAGGCUGGCACCCACCUUGAGGGACGGAGCUUUCAAACAAGAUGGGGAGCCCCGAGGACGACCUCAUCGGGAUCCCAUUCCCGGACCACAGCAGCGAGCUCCUGAGCUGCCUCAAUGAGCAGCGGCAGCUGGGCCACCUGUGCGACCUCACCAUCCGGACACAGGGCCUCGAGUACCGCACCCACCGGGCUGUGCUGGCCGCCUGCAGCCACUACUUCAAGAAGCUCUUCACUGAGGGCGGCGGUGCGAUGGCAGGGGCAGGGGGCGGUGGCGCGGCAGUGGGGGCCGCCGGGGCCGGCGUAUGCGAACUGGAUUUUGUGGGGCCCGAGGCCCUGGGUGCCCUGCUGGAGUUCGCCUACACGGCCACGCUGACCACCAGCAGCGCCAACAUGCCCGCCGUGCUGCAGGCCGCCCGGCUGCUGGAGAUCCCAUGCGUCAUCGCAGCCUGCAUGGAGAUCCUGCAGGGCAGUGGGCUGGAGGCCCCCAGCCCCGACGAGGACGACUGUGAGCGGGCCCGCCAGUACCUGGAGGCCUUCGCCACGGCCACGGCCACGGCCUCGGCCUCCUCGGGAGUUCCCAACGGAGAAGACAGACCGCCCCAGGGGCCCCUCCCGCCCCCGCCCCAGCCCACACCACGGCCAGUGGCCCGCCGCAGCCGCAAGCCCCGGAAAGCUUUCCUGCAGACCAAGGGGGCCCGGGCAAACCACUUAGUGUCCGAGGCACCCACGGUACCUGCCCACCCCACGACCUAUGAGGAGGAGGAGGUGGCGGGGGGCAGAGUGGGCAGCGGCACAGGCAGUGGGCUGGGGGACAGCUACAGCCCUCCAGCGGGGACUGCUUCACCCCCUGAGGGGCCCCUGACUUACGAGCCCUAUGAGGGUGAUGAGGAAGAAGAGGAGCUGGUGUACCCUUCUGCCUACGGGAUGGCGCAGGGAGGGGGACCCCCGCUGUCCCCAGAGGAGCUGGGCUCGGACGAGGACACCAUUGACCCUGACCUGAUGGCCUACCUGAGUUCGCUGCACCAGGACGCUCUGGCCCCAGGCCUGGAUGGCCAGGACAAGCUGGUGCGCAAGCGCCGCUCCCAGAUGCCGCAGGAGUGCCCGGUCUGCCACAAGAUCAUCCACGGGGCGGGCAAGCUGCCGCGCCACAUGAGGACCCACACCGGGGAGAAGCCGUUUGCCUGUGAGGUCUGCGGCGUCCGCUUCACCCGGAACGACAAGCUGAAGAUCCACAUGCGGAAGCACACGGGAGAGCGCCCCUACUCUUGCCCGCACUGCCCAGCCCGCUUCCUGCACAGCUAUGACCUCAAGAACCACAUGCACCUGCACACGGGGGACCGGCCCUACGAGUGCCACCUGUGCCACAAGGCUUUCGCCAAGGAGGACCACCUGCAGCGCCACCUCAAGGGCCAGAACUGCCUGGAGGUGCGCACCCGGCGGCGCCGCAAGGACGACGCGCCCCCGCACUACCCACCCCCCUCCGCCGCCGCCCCGGCCACCGCGGGCCUCGACCUCUCCAAUGGCCACUUGAACACCUUCCGCCUCUCUCUGGCUCGGUUCUGGGAGCAGUCAGCCCCGCCUGGGCCCCCGGUCUCCACCCUGGGCCCCCCUGAAGAUGAGGAGGAGGAGGGGGCACCCAGGACGCCUAAGGCUGAAGGUACCAUGGAGUCCUCUUAAAGAGGGCCCGUGGCCGUCCCCAGCAGCACGCGGCCAGGGCGCCCAUGCCAAGCAGUGGGGGCACGCGGGCUGGACAGGGCUGGGGUCCGGGCGCUGGCCUCCCUGGCUUCAGCAGUCCGCCCCUGUCGCCCCAGAGCCCUCAUUCCAGUUCCAAGCUGAGAAGGCUUUGGGGUCGGGGGCUCCCCAGAUUGGGGUGAACUCCUAAGGAGUGAUCCCCGAUAGUACGUCUCCAUUUCCAGCUGUUUGUUGUGAACGGUGGGGCCCUGUCAACCCUCCCCUGCCGCUCCUGGGGAGUAGAAGCAAUAAUGUAUUUCUGAUUUGUGGGGUCCCAAUUCGGCUAUGCGGGUUUCUAGGGGGUAGGGGGCUUGGGACCAAAGCCUCGCCCCGCCCCCAUGCCCCCAGGGGUUUGGCGGAGUCCGGGGGUGAAGGACCGCCCCUCCCUCCCCUUCUGAGACCCCCUCCUUCCUGCUUUCUGUUCCUUUCCCCGGCAGAGAAUUAUGCAAAGGGGGCGGCCAGGAAGGGUGGGUGGGGGGAAGCGAGGUAGAGGCUGGAAAGCCUCGGGGAUUGGGCCCGCCGGAAGGAGCCAUCCUCGCGCCCCCACCCGCACCCCACCCCCACCCGCACCCUCACUCCCCCCACCCCCCACCCCCGCCAGGCUCGGAGCGCUGAGUCACGGGGUCCUGGAGGAGCCGGGGGCGGGGUGGCCUGAGUGGCUCGCCCGCCCCUGGGGGCAGCGGGAGGGGCCGCUCCGCUCGGCUCUCCGCCCCGGCCCUGCCCUCCCCUCCCGCGUCCCCGGGCAGGGAAUGUCUUGUUCCCGCCGCUCCCUCCCCGGGGCCAGAGGGCAGGGCGGGCCGGGUGGCUCCUAGCCUCCUCUCCUCCUCCCGCCCAGGUGCGAGCCGGAGCCGCCGCCGGGCCGCCCCUGACUCACGCCGCCCCCAGGCUGGCGCGGCGCGGGCUGCGGGACGGGUGAGGGGCUGCGGGCUGCGGAGCGCGCGGCGGGCGGGCGCCCCCUGGCGGCAGUUCCCGCGAGCCGCGGGCGCCCGGGCGGGGGGUGAGGGCGCCGGUCGGGAAGGCGCGGGAGGUGGGGGUUCCCUUGCCGGCCCGGGCCCCGCUGGGCCGCGGAGUGACCCCCACUGUUCCCUUAGGACGGAGUCCGCCCGGGCCUGUACAUAGCCUCUUCUGUCGGUCUCGAUGAAAUCUAGUUUCCGAUUUUUAACUACCCGAUUCUGCUGGAGGGGUGUCCGCCCCCUCCCUUGCUGGGUGCUCCCCCCCGUUGCGGCCUGGGCUCUGCCUUGCACUAUUUCCCCUCCCUGGCCUGGCGGCCCCUACCCCUUCCUAAAAGGGGCAGGUUAAGGGGCCCGGUGCUCUCCCUUCCUCCCCUGCACCCUCAUGCCCAUUUGCACAGCUGCCCAGGUACCCCCAGGAGUGAGGGGGUGUCACAGGGAGGGGGUAGCGGGACCAGUCCCUGUAUCUAUUUAAAAAGUGAUGAUGUAAUAUAUUGGGGUUGGGGGAGGUCGGGUUGCCCUGGGCCUCAUCUUAGCAUUUCAGGUGAUGGGGGAGACCUGGGGCCCAGCCCCAGAGAGCGAGGACAAUGUGACCUCCCCCCUCCCCCCUUGCGGCUUCUCCACUCAGUGCCUUAGGGGGGGAGGCAAUUUCCCCCCCUCCUCUUCCCCUCCUCUUCCCCUGCCCCCACCUCGGGUGUAAAGGACAGGAAGAAAUAAUAAUUUAAGACUCACA